GGAGGCGUGGAGCUCGAGCUUCUGACACUCUCACCCGCAGUCGCUCCUCCGAGUCCCAAUGACAUUAGCCAGGCACCGCGUCUAAAGCGAAAAAUGUUUUGAAGCGGUUUAAGCGCGAUGUUUUAAUACAGCCGGACGUGCUCGAACAGAUCUUUUUAAUUGGAGCAUAUAAAGCAGACCAUGUCUUGCCAAAUUCAGUGGGAAUAGUUUGUUUUGAAAACAGUGGAGUGCACCAACAUCGCCAAAAGGUAUAUUACAAACGAAUGCAACUUCAGUAACGUUUUCUUCGAGUUUUUGUUUAUGCUGCCUGUGUUCCCGACAUGGAAUAACUCGGAAGGGGGAGUACGGGGGCAAAACGCUGUUCUUUGACUCGGUUUCUCUCUUAUGGACGACAGUAGUCCCCUUUCUCCAAAGGCGAAUGCUUUCAGUAUUGCCUCUCUGAUUUCAGCGAGGGAACAAGCAGGAAACGCAACGUUUGACACACUCUGCACUGGCCUGGACAAGCAAGUGGCGCAAAACUGCACCAGACCCUUAAAAAUGCAUUACAGCACUGUCACGCGGGAGAUGGAAGCAAUAUCGAGCCCGUGGCUGACGCAGCUGUCCCAUUUUUGCGAUGUUGCAGCCUUCACGACCAGCAGCCUGAACAGCCUCAAUACGCCCGGGAGUUACCAUCUCUCACCUUCCCCUGGGGAUCCGUACAGCCAUCAUGAAACCCAGUUUGAGCCGUGCCCGGCAGCCCAACACGCCUACAACUAUUCCGGAUCCAAUCCAGCACAGGCCCCGGCGCAAGGAGACACCGGGACAUCCAACUGCUCCUCGUCGUCGUCAAGCUCGACGCCGAACAAAACGAUGGUGAAAAAGAACCCUAAAGUGGCGAAUAUUAAUGUACAGUUGGAAAUGAAGGCGCUCUGGGAUGAAUUUAAUCAACUUGGAACUGAAAUGAUUGUCACAAAAGCUGGGAGACGAAUGUUUCCAACAUUUCAAGUCAAAAUAUUUGGAAUGGACCCAAUGGCAGAUUACAUGCUACUUAUGGAUUUCCUACCUGUGGAUGACAAACGAUACAGGUAUGCGUUCCACAGUUCAUCGUGGCUGGUGGCGGGCAAAGCCGAUCCAGCGACACCGGGCAGAGUGCAUUAUCACCCGGACUCACCUGCCAAAGGAGCACAGUGGAUGAAACAGAUCGUUUCAUUCGACAAACUAAAACUAACCAACAACCUGCUAGACGACAAUGGACAUAUCAUCCUAAAUUCAAUGCACAGAUACCAGCCCAGAUUUCAUGUGGUCUACGUGGAUCCUCGGAAAGACAGCGAGAAAUACGCCGAGGAAAAUUACAAGACGUUCGUUUUCGAGGAGACCAGAUUUACCGCGGUCACAGCCUAUCAAAAUCACAGAAUAACACAACUGAAAAUUGCCAGUAAUCCGUUUGCCAAAGGUUUCAGGGACUGCGAUCCAGAGGAUUGGCCCAGGAAUCACAGGCCCGGUUCUUUGCAAAUCAUGAGUGCGUUUGCUCGAACCAGGAACCCAAUGUCCUCCCCUCCACAGCAAAACGGCACAGAAAAAGAGGACAGCAGGAGAGAAUAUGAUCGUGACCCCACCGGCACUCCCAUCCAUUCUGACCCGGCUCACCAGCUGAUGUCCAGAGUUCUCAGCCCUGCCCUUCCAGUCCUUGGUGGGCUACACGCCGUGCCACUCACAGCCGGACACCGCAGCCCACCCCACGAACUACGCCUUGAUGGACACCCCCAACCACCGGAUACCCUGCACCACCAUCCCUACAAGUAUCCCACCACCUACGAACAUUAUCUGGGAGCCAAGACCAGACCAUCUCCGUACCCUUCACCGAGCAUUAGAGGCCACGGUUACCAUCCCCAUAUGAACCCAACCACAGCCAACAUGUAUUCUGCGACGAGCGCGCCAACUAAUUAUGACUAUGGAGCUAGAUAAUGACUGGGAGGAAACAUGUUUUGGGACAAACAUACAGGAAAAUAUACACACGUACCUUUGCGUCCCAGACUCAUGAUAUAUGUGUCGAGGUUUGUGUUGGACACAUCUUCUGAAGUGGCUAUACUGCAGACAGAAAGAGAAAUUGCCAUAUUUAUUUGAAGGGACAAAAUGUCUUUGUGGAACAUAAGGAUGAGCCCUGUGGACCCAGCGUGCCCAAGAACUCAGUCAGAGACCGUGGCACAAGUAAAACUAGUGUUCAGAGAAACAAAGAGGAUAUAAGACUUCUUCAGACAAAAUAUGCAUUAUCAUGGACUGGACCUGGACUUUUUUGUGUUGGAUGCACUUUUAGUUUUUGCUUUUAAAAAGCCAUAAAUUAUAUAUUACUUUUGAGCCAUUGAGCUUCUAGAUAGAUAGAUUAUUUGCAUGUCGCGCUGUUUUGAAGGUGCUGAAAUGCCCCGAUAUGUUUUUUCUUUCUUUGGUUGAGAAUCAAUUGUUUUUGAAAAUGAUAGACCACCUUUAGCCGGUCCGUGAAGCUUGUAACGUGGCACUGACUUACAGCAAUUCAAAAUAAAUACAUGAACAGAAUGACUGUGCUGAACUUGUAAAAUAAACAUGAAAUAUUUUACCUUUAAACAUGUCCAUUAUCACCUUCAAUUAUUCACCAGGUUUAGCAGAAGCUUCCAAUUGAACCCGUUCAAGGGUGAAACACAUUUCUCUGGGUAUAGUAGUGGUUCUGAAACUUAC